AUCGGGUACUCAAGUAAACUAAAUAUUUAAUAGAAAAUCUCACAUCUAACAUAUUUAAGAUAUAUUUAAAAUGGAAACGAUUUUGGGCAUUAAGGGUUCGGAUUUCGUCAUGCUGGCCUCGGAUACCAUGAAAGUGAAGUCGGUGAUGUUACUGGAUGAUAACAACUCAAAGAUCUACCGCCUGACGGACUACUCUAUGCUGGCGGCUGUAGGACACGGUGGCGAUUCGCUGCAGUUCUCGGACUUUAUUCACCGUAAUCUGGAGCUCUACAAAGUGGCCAAUGGCUAUGAUCUCACCAUUCGCGGAGCGGUUCACUUUACUCGGACCAAUUUGUCCGCCUAUCACAGGAGUAAAGUGAGUUACGAAGUGGCACUUUUAGUUGCCGGAUAUGAUCCGUCUGGUGGUCCGGAGUUGCACUACAUCGAUCAGUAUGGUUCCUCGGUUCCCAUAAACUUUGGUGGCCACGGAUCGGGCAUUAAGUUUUGCACACCCAUUUUGGAGGAGUUAUACAAGCCUCAGUUGGACCGGAGGGCCGUCUACAAUAUCAUCGAAAAAUGUGUGUCUGAAAUCCAUAAAAGACUCGUGAUCAAUUUGCGCAACUUCGAUGUCUUCAUGAUUAGCCGAGAGGGCAUUACAAAGCUGGAUCAUAUCAACCAGCAGUCCUUGAAAGCCGAAAUUAUGGGCAAUCCUUCACCACGAAGAUAAAGCAUGAAGUUGUUAAUCAGUAACUUUGUUAUAUUUUUUAUUUUUCUAAUAUUUAAAUUAAACCACCAUAUGUAAUUUGAAA